AUGGCCCGCCCCAAGCUGCCGCUCGAGCUCGCCGUCUUCUCCCCGGCCGACGCCCUCGCGGCCCAAACCCUCGGCGCCUCGCGCAUCGAGCUCAACGCGCCCGGCAGCUACCCCUCUGGCGGCCUCACCCCGCCGCUGGCCGUCCUGGCCGCGCUCUCGCCGCAGCUGCGCAUCCCCAUGCGGGUCAUGGUCCGUCCGCGCGGGCCGCCCGCCAAUCCACACCCAGACUUCAUCUACACAUCCGUCGAGCUGGACGCCAUGCGGGCGAGCAUCGCCGAGAUCAAAGCCUCGGGGACAAUGGACGUGGCGCGUGGCGACGGCUUCGUUUUCGGGAUUCUGAGGAGCGACGGCGACGGGGCGUUGGAGAUUGACGAGGAGAAAUGUGCAGAGCUGGUGGAGCUCGCGCGGCCGGUGCCGUGCGUGUUUCACCGCGCGUUCGACCCGUUGCAGGACUGCGAGGCCGGCGUGGACGUCCUUGUGCGGUGCGGCUUUGCGGGCCUGUUGACCGCUGGAGGAGUCAAAGGCGGAGGGUGUGUCGGUAAUCUGACGAGGUUGGAGAGGAUAUGUGAGCGGGCGGGGGGCAGGAUCGAGGUGGUUGCGGGCGGCGGCGUGCGGCAUCGCAAUGUCAAUGCGCUGACGGCGUCGGCGUUGGGUGGUGCAGAGCGGCGGGGGACAUGGGUGCACUCGGCGGCGUUGAAGAGUGAUGGAUCGGGGAUGGAUGAAGAGGAGGUGCAGAGGCUGCUGACCGAGCUGGCCAAGUGA